ACAUAAUUACUAUCCUUAAUUGCUUAUUACGAAGAAAAUUCGUUACUUUUAUUUUACUUUUCUGAAGUAGAACAUAGCCAUUUAGUUCCGAUCCUGACUCUAUUCGAUUUUGUAAUUGAAAAGAAAAUGGCAGAAGAUUUGAUUAAAAGAUAUCAACCAGUGAGAUUGAAAUAUUUUGCAUGCACAACAAAUGAUACUCACAGAUCCAUCCGUCCACCCAUCAUUCUCUUGCAUGGGAUGUUUGGAGGGAGUUCUUCUUGGAAUAGAAUCAAGUGUGAGCUCAGUAACAGGACGAGGCGAAAGGUGUUUUCUGUUGACCUGAGAAACCAUGGGGAGAGUGAAUAUUCAGAUGAGUUCACACUCCAACACUUGACGUCAGAUCUUCUUCAGUUCAUGAGGGAUCAGAACAUCCCCCGAGCAAUACUGAUUGGUCACAGUGUUGCUGGAAGAGCUUGCAUCCAAUUGGCUCUUUUGAAGCCCGAGAUGGUGGAGCAGCUGGUGGUGGAGGAUAUUUCCAUCAGUGAUGUGUCUGACAGCAAAAGAAUUGCACUGAAGAAUCUUAUAUCAAACAUGCAAAAAGUGGUCUCCCAACUUCCCGUUUACAUGAGUCUCAAUGACGCCCACAACAUGAUACAGCGCCUCAUGCAGAAACACAUGGUUCACUUCGCGGCCAAUGGAGAGACAUCGGCUUUGGAAAAGGCUUUGCUAUUUAAAAAGAAUUCUUCGACAGGAGCCUUCGAGUUCUGUUUCAAUGUGAAUGUACUCCUCAAAAGUCUGGACUCUAUACAUCUUCUGAGGAAUGAUCUUUCCGGUGAUCCCGUUUACCUUGAUAAAGCUCUUUUCUUAAGCGGCCAGCACUCCGUCAUCCCAUUAGACGAAGACAGAGAUCUGAUAUUGAAGCAUUUUCCCCGAGCACAGUUUGCAGUGGUGAAUAAAGGUUAUCAUUGCACACAUGCCGAAAGUCCGACAGAGUUUGUCAGAAUAGUCUCCGAUUUUUUGACGUCAGAAGAAGAAAGACUGUAAAAGAUGCAUUGCGGAAACUAAUGACUCACUUUAAAUGCUGUUGAUAAAUUCAAUAUAAAAAGUUGUGUGGAAACUGA